AUGGCUGUUUUUGGUGAUCUGAGGGUCUCAGCAACACUGGCUUCUCACACAACGCACUCUCUCCGGAGCUCUUUACCCAAUUCAAAGGUAGACUUUGCUAGCUUUUCAAAUGGAGGAUCUAGCAUUUCUGACAUUGCACUGAAGUGGCCCAGUAUGUCAUUUGAUAGACGCAGUUUUCGUCAACAUUCCAAGCGAUUGAGUGGAGAUUUUCAACUCUCAUCAAAGUCAAGCAGCCAAGAUUCCGAGAGCUUCCUCCUUAAUGCCAUCAACAUGAGUUUCUUGGACCGUUUAAACUUGGCUUGGAAAAUAAUGUUCCCGUCUCCAACAACUAGAAGGAGCUCUAAUGCAAAUAUUGCCAAGCAGCGCUUGAAGAUGAUCCUCUUCUCUGACCGAUGUGCAGUUAGUGAUGAGGCUAAAAGGAUGAUUGUCAACAACAUUGUGCAUGCUCUAUCAGAUUUUGUUGAAAUAGAAUCACGAGACAAAGUUCAGCUGAGUGUGUCUGCUGAUACAGAUGUGGGAACCAUUUACUCCGUCACGGUGCCUGUAAGACGGGUUAAGCCAGAAUAUCAGAUUGGAGACGAGACUGGAACCAUAACAAAUAUUGAGUACAAAGAUACCGGAGAAAGUUCUGGUUCUGUUGAUGUCAAGUUUGAUUUCUUCAUUCCCGACUGA